UGCAUUAUUAAGUUACAGGAACAUAUUGUGAAAUCUGCACGUUCAAAAUAUCUCCUUUUCUAUACCACAGAAGCAACAGAAGUCAUGCAGGUUUGAAACGACACAAGGGUGAGUCUAAAUGUCAGAUUUUUUUUUUUCUGGAUGAACCAUACCUUUAAAGACAGAGGAGAUGCACCGAUACAAAAACAGAGACAGCGCGAGUGUGUGUGAGCGGCGGUGCGAUUUUCAUUGUGUGAAGGACAAAGUUAGUGACCCGUAGAUUAUUCAGAGGAGAUUGUGUUUCAGGCCCAUCUCAAGGUCAUACUGAAUAUUUUAUCUCUCUGCUCUCCAUAAUUUGCUUUCAGCUGCUGGGAACUGUUUAAUCACAGACGGCCGUGUGGAGGUUGAGAGUAGGUCAUUCUUAUAUCAACAUUUGAUCUGUUAGCUCCGAAGCGGCAUAAAUUAUAGAGGAGUUACAAACUCUCAUUCUUAAUAGCAAAAUAUUUGCGUUCGACCACACAUUUUCAGCAUACGCCACCGAAAGAGCUGGGCUAAAUUUGUUUGCAGGACCCAGACAUUAGUGGUGCAAGGAAAGUAUCCAAGGGCAUCGCUUUCACACCACAGAGGGUCACGGCUGCUAUUGACUGGAACGCGAGGUUGAUGUGUCUCAUUUAAACUCCAUUUGUAUCUGUCCUGUCAAUGCAUUUCCACCUCAGAUGAUCUGUUUAAUCUAUAAUAGGCCCUAGAUCAUUAAGAUUUGUAUUAUAAUAAUGAUCUAGAAUGCUUUAUCUAUGGACAAUAUCAUGAGCUAAUUAAAAGUCAUGUACAUGUAGAGGUAAUAUAACAUCACCGCGAUCAUUCCAUGACAUUGUGAUAUGUGAGUAGUCAGCAGCCAUUGAUCCGCAGUGCCGUGCGCUGAGUGAUUUUCCCGGAGUGGAUCAGACCACCGCCUUCGAAUGUCUCAGUGGGACCAGAAAUACAACAGGGACUGCGGUGUUGUACAAGGUGUACGAGUGCCACACAACCUACUGUACACUGCAAGCAAAACAUGCAACGCGGAGGUUCCUGUGUGGCCACGUCUGAGAUUAGAAGAACAAACAGACAACACUGAGCCUGUGGUUUUCUCCCAGUGGACCUCCUAAAAAUAGAGCGGCACUGGAUGUUUAUACGGGGCAGAGAAACCUCCUUAUUACUGGGCUCACAACAUUCUCGAGCAGUGUGGAUUUUGUCAGGCUGUCACUGACUCCAAAGCAACGCAUGUUGACAUUAUGAAUGGUCCUCUAUGUAAAACUCUUUGAAAAGGAACACUGUCCAAAGCACUGUUAGAGUUUUCUGCUCUCAUCAUUUACGGCACAGAUGUUCCUUUAACAUUUUCAGCGAUAAAAAAGAUACAUCAGGGCAUCCUACUGUUGAACAUGACUCAUGGGGUGGAGUCUGGCCCUGAAACUCAACAGGAUUCGACUGCUUUAACAUAUCUGGAAGGUUUGCUAAUGCAUCCAGUCACAACUGGGCCUGCUGCCAUUGCUACACGGAGAUCAGAACCUGACCGCAGCAAUGAGGAAAAUGCCAACCAGGUGACUAGGGUGUGUCUACUCCCCAAACAUGGCUCCCCCUCACCAGACAAACCCAUUGCAACCUCGCAGCACCUUAAAAAAGCCAGACUGCUUUGCUCGGGAGCAUGGACUGAAGCUGAGAGCCAGAAACGAGCAGGCUCUGUAGUGGAAGUAAAUAGACAGAGAAACGAGCACUGCAAAGGAAGCCUGGAUGGCUCUGGACAAGGGGAAAGCACCUUGCUUGCUUCUCUGCUUCAGUCUUUUCGAAUGGAGAGUGUUGCUUUGUCACAGCACAUUUCUGAAAGCCACAAACAUAUCAACAUGGAGAACCGUGAAAGCCCUCCUGUUGAUAAGGAAACCUACCAUAGUUACGGCACAGCUUCCGGCCACCUCAAAAGCCUCAUGAAGAAAAGCAAGCAGCAGAACCAUAAAACUGUGCCUUACUGUCGUCAGAGCAAUCGGAACCGAAGUUCAGGUUCUCCUCUUUCCUCUCAAGGUUCUGCCCAGCCCGCUGGCCCAGACCCCAUGCCCUGCACAGAACGGCUGAAAGCGGUUGCUAAUAUGGUAAGAACCAGGUUAAGUCCAGCCCCUUCUCCCAAGCCCAGUGUGGCCUGCAGUCAGCUGGCCUUACUGCUUUCCAGUGAGGCUCAUCUACAGCAGUACUCUAGAGAGCAGGCCUUAAAAGCACAAUUAACCAGUCGAUCGGCUAGCGAGAGGCUAGCGGCCAUGGCCACUCAAAGAGAGCAGGAUAAGAGACCUCCCAGCACAGGGCAGCCACCAGCUGCUUCAGACACACUAAGCUCCUUAAAUAUUCAAAAUGGAACACUCCCCCCACCAACGUUAAACUCCAACAACAGCAACCCUUCCUCACCCUCCACAAAACCCCUCAAAGAGAGACGGUCCUUCGAUAGACACAGUCGACCUCCGCAGAACUGUAGCAGCCUGCUGCUUCUGCUCCUCAACAACCACAACUCCCAGCAGCAGCUCACCAAGAAUGGACAUCUGGAGGAUGACUGCAGUAUCCUCUUGAGCAGGGCAUCCUCCCUGCAGUCUGACAGUGAGUACUCCAACCAGGAGUACAGCCUCACCAAAGACAGCAGUGAUGCUGAGAGCUUCUCCAGCUGUUCCCCCAUUGACCUCUCCAUGAAAAGAAAAGCCCCUAGCCAAAAGUCUUCUUUAACCUCCUCUUUGGAUAAGCUUACAGACUCUCUCAUAAACAAAUGGAAGCCGGAACAUUCUGUGCCAAAAGCCACAGAUCUGGAUACCAGCCCAGACAUGAAAUCCCAUGAUCAGGUCACUCUAAUGCAGUUACUGCUGGACCGCAGAAAUAACGAAAAGGGAAACAAAAGUUUUGAUAAUCCUGGUUUACGACCUGACGCAGUCAUCAGCAGCUUGACCGCAGACCCACUUAAACUGAUUGGAACACCAGAAGACACCAGGACAUGGAGUCCUCUGGACCGGCAGACAGGUGGAGGCCUACCUACAUUCUGUUCGGUCUCCCCUUCGUACUCUUACCCCUCGCCCCGUGCCCAGUCCAGUCCUCUAGAUUUGUGCAAAUCUAACACCCAUUCAAGUGAGAGGAAAGUGGGACCUUCAUUUUGUGCCAGUAUGCUACUACAAAAUCUGGCUCAGAGUGGUACAGGGAACUUAUCUCCCUCUCCUCCUCCUUUACACUCUCACAAGCUGACAAGUAGAAGGCAAAGUCUAGAAAAGGAGCUUGACAAGCCUCAGGCUCUUUUGGAUCACCUUGUUGCUCCGGUCAAGCGCAACAGAACCUCCACGCUAGAUGGUCCCCCUGCUGCACUCACACCUCAAAAAUGUGAGCAGUCACCUUUGGUGUCAAAGCAGAUUGAAAAUCUUCUCGAAAAGCGCACUGUACUUCAGCUUUUGCUAGGAACAGCCUCCCACAAGGACAGAACCAAUGGACAUAGAGUCUCGGAAAUAACAGCAGGGAGGCCGGAGAAGCCUCAGGGGGAAUCUGCCAACUGUGACAGCUCAAAUGGACCUUCACUGGAUCUUAAGAUCAAAACUGAGCCGUUAGAGGAGAAUCUUUCGUCGGAUAGCUCUGAUGACGGUGCGUACCAUCGGAGACGAUUACGACAGAACAUACCCAUUGUUAAAGCACAGGACAAGAUCAAAUCUGAGCCAUGUUCUACAGAAACAGCUGCUAAAUUUGGACUUCUCAGCGAGCUUUUACAGCAGAAUGCUACCUAUCAUUCAAACCCCCCACGCGCCAAGCUCUUUACGAACUCUGUAAAAGAGGAGUCACAGGAUUUUCACAGCCCUCUUCCUAAAAAAAGAAAAAUCUGUAUUGAGCUGGCAGAGCACUUGAGUAAUGAACUCUGUCAACGGUCUAGAGAUACCCCCAGUGACAACUUGGUGUCUAAAACACCUGAACACAAUGGCAGCGAAACGAUAAGACCAAAGGAGGAAGAUUUAUUCGGUAGUCCUAGGAGCAAAUCUCAACAGUCUAGAGAAGGCCAAGGCUUCAAUGUUCUCAAGCAACUCCUACUCUCAGAAAACUCACUGAAGGAGCUUGCCCAACCCAGAGGAAGUCCUUUCCUCCCUCAGGCCAACGGUGGAACCAGCGGGAACUUAAAACAGUCUGGUGUUUCUCAUGAAUUGCCAUGGUACCCCUAUUCUAUCAGUACAGGCCGUGGGGUCCCAAAUUCAUCUUCUGAUAGCACCGGGGGAUCGCAGCUCCCUCCCAAAGCCAUCAGUAAACCUGAAUCCGAGAAGUCACCUAUCAGCAGGGAGGAAAGAUCCAGUCCAGACUCACCCCCAUUAACCAGGUCUAACCCAAUACUGUACUAUAUGCUCCAGAGGGGAAACGGACAGCUCAGAACUGAGAUUCGGGAUCAGGUCAAACCGGCCCACUGUGUCAUGAGCGUAAAAAUGGAGCCGUGCAGGGACUAUGAGCACAGCGUUAGCUCUCCGGCACAUAGACAGACUUACAGCCAGAGAGAAGAGAAACUAAACGGCUCGGUGGAGAAAUGGUAGAUGUGAACUACCAAAGACAGAGAGAUGCUGGAGAACUGUGUGCAUGGUCAUUUAUUUAUGUAUGUGAAGUCUGUUUUAAUUUUCCCUUGAACUGAUUCAGUUUAAAUCUUUGUGUUUAUUUGAUUGAUGUCAGAAUGAGAUAAUGAUGACGUAAUUAAUUAUAUAAUUAUUACAUCUUUAGCUUCUUCUUAAAUUGUUUUUAGCAUGUGUGAGCUAACUUCUCUGUCCGGCACAAUGUAAAAUAUCCACCAUGAGCUUUUUCCACACCUAAAACAUUCAAUGGCGUGUGUUAUUGAUGAAUCCAGAAAUGUUACUGCUAGUUUCACACUAUAUUUAUCUACAGUCAAAUCAGGACCCUUUCCAUUUUUUGAGGCAAAGAAAAUUGUACGGUCUAAGCACAAUAGCGUAAGUGGAUUUGGGGCACUGACCUCCAAUUAUAAUGGAGGAUAAAAGUUAUUUUCUUAUUGCAGAAAUAAAAGGAAUGGGGUGUAAUCUAUCAGGUAUCUUUUAAUAUAAGGCUAGCUAAGGUCAAGAGGGGUUACCAAAUGUUUAGGGCUCAAAGGCAACAACAUUUACUGGAAUGUUCUGUAAUUGUAUCAUAGUCCGAUUUUUCAGUGCUUUAAUUUCAUCUGGAAUGAAACUGUAGGUGUACGUGGUAAAAAUGGCAUGAUGUUAUAAAAACAAGCAAAGAAGUGUCAUAUAUUUUAGCCAGUGAAAUGUAUCUUUUGGUAAUUUUGUAUCAUUCAUUGUUUUGUACUUUAUCUAAAUAUUCUGUAUGUAGCAUUUUGCAGGUUUCGUCGGCAGUAGUUACGUUGGGGAGUUGAUAGUUUGUUCACCAAAGCUAUGAAGGUUAAUUACGAACUAUGAUAUUUAUAGAAUUUUUUUGUUUGUUUAUGUCUUUAAUUCAGAUAACAGCCCAUCACUUACAGUCUUAAAGAUUUUAUUCCACAUUCUUUGUGCGACACUUUGACAAUGAUUCAAUAUUGUAUGUAAAUAUGAUGAAAGAUGACUAUUUUGUAUUGUUCCAGACGAAACACUUUUUAAUGUCUUGCAUUGUACAUAAGACACUGUAAUAUUGUACAUAACCAGAGAAUGACACUUUUUGUCUGCAUGUCUCUAUGUCGUGGCUAAUGAUAAUCUCUGUUCACAUCUAUUACUCUGUUCGAGCCUGUAGCAUGUACACGCAUGGGGAGUCCCUGUGUAUGGGGGAAAUGUCAAGUCUUAAAAUAGAUGUUUUUAUCAUGAGGAGAUGGGUACUUAAACCGUAAUCUGUCUGCAAGCGCUGUCCUAGACUGUUGAGCCAGUGCUCAAAGCUGCCAGGAUAAAUGUGCAUAAUGUUUUAGUUUCAUUUUUGAAUGGUUUCACAGUUUUUGUUAUAAAGCUAACUGAAGGCAACAUUGCUAUACGUUUAAUUCAGAGUCACUCUGCAACUGUGAGUCUAAUGCUUUUUUAAGCAAGAAAAAACUUUCCUAUACUCCUGAGACUUUUGGUUUCCUCCUGUUUUUUGGUGUUCAUUUGCACUAAUAGCAAAAUAAAAUGUUGAAAUGCACAGUA